AUGCUCGUUGUCAGGAGAAGAGGCUUUUUGACCUUGUUUCCCGCCGCGGCGAUUCUCCUGUUCUUGGUGUUUUAUCUCCAGCGGGAUGUUGUGACCCUACCGAGGCUAGCGGAAGGAGGGCGGCCCGAUGCCGGGCGGGAAGAUGCCUUUUGGAGCAAGGUCCCGUUCCAUUAUCCGCCCGCCUCUAUCCGGCCGCUACCCACUGCGUUGCCGGUACAAUAUCCGCCUAUCCAGGCAACCGCCUUUCCUGCAGAGAAGGACCAGAAUGCCCUCACCCAGCGGACAGAGCGCCAGAAGGCCGUUAAAGACGCCUUCACCAAGUGCUGGCAGUCCUACCGGAAGUUCGCAUGGGGCGCCGACGAGUUGACGCCCGUGUCCGGCGGCCGCAAGGACCCCUUUGGAGGAUGGGCUGCCACCUUGGUCGACUCGCUCGACACGUUGUGGAUCAUGGACAUGAAGACCGAGUUCGACGAGGCCGUCACUGCGGCAGACGGCAUUAACUUCACCCACACCAAGGUGGAGAGGGUCAACGUCUUUGAGACCAAUAUCCGCUACCUGGGCGGCUUCCUCUCGGCUUUUGACCUGAGCGGCGAUAAGCGGCUGCUCGGCAAGGCCGUUGAAGUCGGCGAGAUGCUGUACAAGGCUUUCGACACACCAAGCCACAUGCCCAUCACGCGAUGGGAUAUGCGUGCCGCCAUCAAGGGUGCGGAACAGGUUGCCAGUGAAGGUCUCAUCGCCGAAGUGGGCACCCUGUCCAUGGAGUUUACACGCCUCUCCAUGUUGACGGGCGAGCCCAAGUGGUUUGACCUGGUGCAGCGCAUCGCCGAUGACAUGGCCGCCCAACAGGACUCGACCGCCGUUCCCGGUCUCUGGCCCCUCAAGGUGAAUGGGAAGGAGAGAAUCUUCAACGCGGGUCCGGACUUCACCUUGGGCGCGAUGGCCGACUCGGCGUAUGAGUACCUGCCCAAGAUGUCGGCCAUGAUGGGCGGUCAGCUGCCCAUGUACCAAACCAUGUACGAGAAGGCCAUGGACGCGGUAGUGGAGCACAACCUGUUCCGCCCCAUGACGCCUACGAACGAGGACAUCCUCAUUGCGGGGGACGUCCACGUCAGAGAGCAUGGCUUGGAGUUCGAAGCACGGGGCCAGCACCUUACCUGCUUCUUGGGGGGGUUGAUGGCGCUGGGUGGGAGGCUCUUUGAUCGUGAGAAGGAUGUGAUUGCUGGCAAGAAGCUCACCGACGGUUGCGUAUGGACAUACAAGGCGUUCCCUCACGGGAUCAUGCCCGAGUCGUUCGUCAUGGCCUCGUGCCCGGCAGGCGAUGCUUGCAAGUGGGACGAAGCUGUUUGGAAGCAGGAGGUUCUCCGCAAGGCCGAGAAGGAUACUGACGGUCCGGAAAGCGACGCCCAAGCCGAGGCCAUCAUCAAAAAGCAACGGUUUCCCAAGGGGUUCACCGCCAUCUAUGACCGGGCGUACCUCCUGCGCCCGGAGGCCAUCGAAAGCGUUUUCGUGCUAUACCGCGUCACCGGGCAGGCGGAGCUGAUGGAGGCGGCGUGGGACAUGUUCACGGCCAUCGACAAGGCGACAAGCACCAAGCUGGCCAACUCGGCGGUCCGCGACAUCACGAAGACGGAGAAGCCCGAGGCGAAGGACUCGAUGGAGUCGUUCUGGAUGGCCGAGACGCUGAAAUACUUUUAUUUGAUCUUCAGCGACCCGGGGUUGCUUCGCCGCGCGCACCUCGGCCAGGUCGCGCAGCAGGCGGCGCACCUCGCCCGCGCCGCCGCCGCCGCCGGUUGUGGUGCCGGCCGUGGCCGAGCCGACGUCGUCGCCGGCGUGCGCGAGCAGGGACUCGGCGACUUCUUGCCAGUGGUAGGGCAGGAAGUGGGCCGGGGCGGAGGCGGUGCAGGCCGGGAGGAAGGGGGCGGAGAGGUGGAGCGGGUGGUCGUCGUCUUUUUGUUGUUGGUGGCGGUGGUGGGAGGUGGUGUUUUGGCGGUGGGCGUGGCCUGGUUGGGAGGGGUGGGCGCGUGA